AUGAUUUUUAAUGAAAAUAACAACACAGCUAAUUGCCAGCUGCCCUUCAACUCAUCCUGUUUGAACAUCUCUUCUUCUAUGACAUCUUAUGUGCUACUGUAUGUGUUUGCUGCAGCUAUAGUAUUGUUUACAAUGUGUGGAAACCUUUUUGUUAUAAUCUCGGUCUGUCAUUUUCAUCAACUUCACACUCCAACCAAUAUCCUUAUUCUGUCUCUUGCAAUGUCUGAUUUUCUGGUUGGUUUAUUUGUGAUGCCCGUACAUGUCCUGAUUUGGAUUGAAUCAUGCUCACUGUUUGAGCCAAUAUUUUGUUCCUUCUCUAAUAUGAUUAGUUUCCAUUUAACAUUUGUCUCCGUAUAUAAUAUUUCUUUCAUUGCGGUGGACCGUUAUUUUGCCUUAAGUAACCCUUUCCUCUACUCCAAGAAAGUUUCAGUGUUAUUAGCUUUUAUUAUAACAACACAUGUCUGGAUUGUGUCCCUGUUUUACAACUGUGCACUUCUUUACUUAAAUGGGAAUUUCAACCAUGUAUGUCCAGGUAGAUGUCUUCCUCGCAUGGAUGAGCUGUGGUUUACUGCUGAUGUUGUAAUUGUUUUUAUUUUGCCAUGUGUUACCAUUAUAAUUCUAUACAUGAAAGUUUUCUUCAUAGCUAGAAGGCACGCAGUUGCAAUCAGAGCAACAUUACAGGACAGACAAAGAGUGAAUGACCAGAGCAAUGUUUACUCGUCAAAAUCAGAGAGGAAAGCUGCCAAAGUCCUUGGAAUUCUUGUAUCAGUGUUUUUGAUAUGUUUAAUACCCUAUUAUAUUUGUAUGUUACUAUUUGAUGUUUUAGCCCAAUCAUAUGACCGUGUGGUAAAUACCAUGGUAACACUAUUUUUCCUUAAUUCUACUAUCAACCCCAUUAUUUAUGCUCUGUUCUAUCCUUGGUUUCAAAAAAGUAUGAAGUUAAUUCUGACGUUCAGAAUAUGCAGGGCUGAUUCCUCACUGAUGAAUGUGCUCUCAGAGACAAGGGGCUUGUGA